GAAAACUCUGAACUCAGCUUUUAACAAGUGUAGACUACAAUUCUCAUUGGGCCUAUGUUAAGAGCUGUCCUUUGAGUUGAGUUCCAUAUUUCUAAGUAGGCCUAAUGUACUAACCAUGAAAGCCAAAUCAGAACUUCAUUGUCUGGUCAGCAACCUGAAGGAAUUGCUACCAAUAGCCAACUCACAUUUGGUGCAUUUUAUAACUCGUAACAGUUUUGAAAGGAUGAUACCAAAGUACCUACAAGAUGAAAUAAUGUCCCUAGACAUGAACGAAAUGAAUCAAUUGGUUUUGAGUAGGUUUUCUAAUGACGGAACAAUACCUAGACCUACAAAUAGCACAACUCCUCACCUUAUAAGCUUUCUCAAUGAUACUCAGAAGCUCUCGUUGAAACAUAACAGCUCUUGUCUUUCUUUUGAAGACUUAUUAAAAUGUAUAGAGUCAAAAGUAGACAGUGGUAGCUCUUUUCAUAUUUCCAAACAUUUAAUGUCAAUGAAAAAGUCUCAUGAGGUAGAAAUAAUGAGUGCCAUUGUUGCUGCAAUCGCAAAGGGGGAGAAAUGUACACAUAUAAUUGAUGUGGGAGGAGGGAAAGGAUACCUAAGUUCUGUUCUUGCUUUAAAACAUGAACUGAAGGUUUUAAGUGUUGAUUCAUCUCUUGUGACAUCUAAAGGGGCAGAGAGACAAAUGCCAAAAAUUGAGAAGUUAUGGAUGACAUUUCAGAAAAAAUCUGCCUCGAGUGAUACCUCUAACAUGAGAAAUGCAACAGGAACUAAAGAAUCAAAAAAAUACUCCGAGCUUUUCAAAAUUGCUACUAAUUUUAUUACAGAGAAUACAAAUGUCAUUGAGAUAUUGAAUCAUAGUUUUCCUGAAGAUGAAUUGGGUAAUGUCAUGUUAGCUGGGCUACACACGUGUGGAAAUUUGGCUGCUUCAUCUAUUCACUUAUUUUUAAAUAAUCCUAAAAACGUCCGAUGUUUGGUAAAUGUUGGUUGCUGUUACAAUUUAAUGACCGAAGAAUUUAAUCAAAAUCCAUGUGAUUUAGAACACUCAUCUGCAACCAAUGUCAGUGGUGUUGGAUUUCCUAUGAGUGCUUAUUUGAGAGACGAAAAAUUUGUAUUGGGUCGAAAUGCCAGAAUGUUAGCAACCCAGCCUCCGGAUAGGAUGUGUCAUGAAGGGACGGUUGAAACGGAUGUUCUUUUCUACAGAGCUCUUCUUGAACUUUAUUUAGAAAAGAAACUAGGAUCAGCCAAUGGAACUUCUCAAUUUAAAGUUGGAAAAUUAAAACGAAAAUGCUCCAGUUUCAAUGAAUAUGUACAUAAAAGUAUUGAGCGUUUAGGAAUUCACAUCCAGGUAGACAAUGAUGAGUUACAGCAGUUGUAUGACUACCAUGCUGAAGUUUCACGCAAGCAACUUCAUGCUUUCUUCCUGUUGAAGCUUACCAUUGCACCAGCUAUUGAGGCUGUAAUAAUGUUGGAUAGGCUUCUUUAUCUACAGGAGCAGGGUAUUCAAGAUGCCCACCUGGUUCAGCUGUUUGAUCCAGUGGUUUCUCCUCGCUGUUUUUCCAUUGUGGCAUUCAACAGACCAAAAACAAAUCUUUAGUUUUAUUUAUUUAAUAUUUGAAUCGUAUUCUAUAGUUGAAUAAAAAUGUAUACCAUUGAUAUA